CGCCCUCCUCCUCCUCCUCGCCUUCCUCCGGCUCAGCCGCCGCGCAGCCGGGUUGCUCUUGCUUCCUCCCCGGGCGCCCGCGGCGAUGUUCAACCGCGCCGUGAGCCGGCUGAGCAGGAAGCGGCCACCGUCAGACAUCCACGACAGCGAUGGUAGCUCCAGCAGCAGCCACCAGAGCCUCAAGAGCACAGCCAAAUGGGCGGCAUCCCUGGAGAAUCUACUGGAAGACCCGGAAGGCGUGAAAAGAUUUAGGGAAUUUUUAAAAAAAGAAUUCAGUGAAGAAAAUGUUUUGUUUUGGCUAGCAUGUGAAGAUUUUAAGAAAAUGCAAGAUAAGACACAGAUGCAGGAAAAGGCAAAGGAGAUCUACAUGACCUUUCUGUCCAGCAAGGCCUCAUCACAGGUCAACGUGGAGGGGCAGUCUCGGCUCAACGAGAAGAUCCUGGAAGAACCGCACCCUCUGAUGUUCCAGAAACUCCAGGACCAGAUCUUUAAUCUCAUGAAGUACGACAGCUACAGCCGCUUCUUAAAGUCUGACUUGUUUUUAAAACACAAGCGAACCGAGGAAGAGGAAGAAGAUUCGCCUGAUGCUCAAACUGCAGCUAAAAGAGCUUCCAGAAUUUAUAACACAUGAGCCCCCAAAGAGCCAGGACUGGCAGCUUUAAGAAGCAAAGGAACUUCCUCUCAGGACCGUGCAGGGUUUAUCAUUGCUUUGUUAUUUGUAAGGACUGAAAUGUACAAAACCCUUCCAUGGGAUAUGUGUGUUUUAUUAACUGCUUCACCAGUAAAUUUUGCAUGAUGGCUAAGCUAACAUAAAAAAAUAAUAAUAAUAACUUGGAAGUUUUAGUUCACAAAACAGAGAUUCCUUCAACACUGGA